UCGAAGAUUAUAAGACAUGAAAGCAUCACUGAUGAUGAUGAUACAAUCACUGAUGAUGAUGAUACAAUAUUCUGAAGCAUAUCGCACCAGCCACAAAAUCAUCUAUUUAUUCGAAGAUGGUGUCUUCAUACCCCUUCAUCCUCUCUGCAAUCCUUGCGAUUGCCAACGCAAAACCAGUGCCCAAUGCACCGACCAAAGUAGCUCGACAGACAAGCGCUGAACCAUCAUCUUAUCCUCUCGGAGGCGCCUGUGGCAACGAGUGGAAAUACCUCAACUUCAAUAAAGAUGACGCAACAGACAAGUCACGUUUACAAAAACUCCACGAUAUCAUUUGUGUCGGCGAAAUGCGAGCCUUGUCAGCUUGGGGCGCUAACGCUGCUGGUCUGUAAACCCAUGGAACAGCAAUGCUUCAGAUCACAGAGGACUGACGAGGUUCUAGGCAAGGGGAAUGAAGUCUACAAAACAUUCUUCCCUCUGAGUGAUGAUGAAGACGACACGCAAGCCAAUGUCGAAGAGGUAUUGAGAAAGAUUUCGGGACAAAGCAGCGCAGAAGGCAUGGUUGGGAAGAUCGUGGGAAGUUUUGUUGUGGAUAAUAAAGACUUCGGCGUCGACACAGGAAACACCUGCUCCAACGAAGGAACCCUAGCCUACACCGACAUCGACCCCUCCGACAACCGCGAAAAAAUCCACUUCUGCCCCAUAGCCUACAACCGCGGAACAACAAUCAUCGACGUCUCCUGCUCCAAACUCGACAAUUACGCCAGCACCAAAAUGGAUACUUUCUCCCGUAUCGCUUUACAUGAAAUGUUACAUUACAAAACCAUGGGCGUGGAUUCUGGUGUUGGAGCACAAAUUGUGGAUGUGAAUAAUGCUGAUGGGGCCAGUGCUUAUGAUCCUGAACGCUGCUUUGGGUUGGUAGAUGAGGAUCAGGAUGAUAAUCCGGGGGCUGCGGAGAUUAAUGCUGAUAGUUAUGCUUGGAUGGCGUUGGAUGCUUGGGUGAGUUACAAUUGUAUUGCGGAGGAUAAGAAGGAGGAGUAUGAUGAGUUUUUUGAGCUUGAGCCGCCGGAGUAUGGGGAUUGAGUGAGAAAGGAGGACAGGC